UUUGUUGUGUUGUCACCGGCAAAAACGUAAAUAAAUUUCCCGUCAUCAAAACAUUGGCUAGCUUGUCUUGUCCCAUUCGCCGCAUUAGCAGUUAACUGAACUAAUCAAUGAUCUGCGCUUGUUGAGUUGAAAGUAAAUUCGCAACCAAAAUGCGAAAUCAGUUCAUAUUUUUCGCAUUUAUUAGCGCAUACUCGGCCGUUUCGUUUCUCCUGUUCAACUUAAUUUAUCGCACCUCGAAGGUUGUGAUCGAUGAAGAGUUCCACUUGCGCCAAGGUGAACACUACUGCCACGGACGAUUCGAUGUAUGGGACAGCAAAAUCACAACCUUCCCGGGCCUCUACCUGGUCUCGGCCUCAUUCCUGGGCCCAUUCCAGUCCUGUUCGAUAUAUCACCUUCGCAUGAUCUCGCUGAUCGCCUCCAUUGCCAACGUCUACCUGAUCUACAUCAUUCGCAAGGUGGUUCUCGCCAAUCGCAACCCCACAUACCUGCUGCUGGAGUCAAUGUCGCUGGCAACACUGCCCCCCUUGUACUUUUUCUCGCAUCUCUACUACACGGACGUGCUGUCGGUUACGAUGGUGCUGACCAUGGUGUACUUUAGCCUGAAGGGAAUGCACAAUUGGGGCGGUAUUGCCGCCUUCAUGGCCAUUUUGAUGCGGCAGACCAAUGUGGUGUGGGUUGGAAUGGUGCUGGGCAAUCAGGUCAUCAAGACGGCCAUCGAUCUGUGUCAGCCGGGCGGAAAGGGGUCCUCACGAAAGGGGCGCCAUUAUGGAUUCGCGGAUUUAUGGCAAACAAUUAAAACUAUGCUCCGGAAACCUAAAAUAAUGAUUGAUCUGCUCAGACAUGUAUUGCCCAACUAUUUCGGAUACAUUGUUAAUAUAGUGGGUUUCGUCAUUUUCUUGUUUGUGAACGGAUCUAUUGUCAUCGGAGAUAAAACUGCUCACGUGGCCAAGCUACAUGUACCUCAGAUUUUCUAUUUCUCACUCUUCUUCGCCGCAUUCAGCAGCUCCCACGUGCUGUCCACACUGAAGCGGAUAGCUCGAUUCAUGCGUAAGAAGUGGGCAAUGACCGCCCUCUGCAUCUGCCUCUUCGCCGCUGCCAUCCACCUGAACACCAUAGUCCACCCGUACAUGCUGGCCGACAACCGACACUACACGUUCUACAUCUGGAACCGCUUCUUCGGCCGCUGGUGGUUCGCCCGAUACCUUCCAAUCCCAAUCUACUACGGCACGUUGGUGCUAGUGGUGCUGAUGCUGUUGCCGAGUAGCAACAACCACGAACAAACCGUGGGAUUCAGCUUGCUUUGGGUGGCGGCCACACUCGCCUCGGUAGCACUACAGCAGCUGAUCGAAGUCCGAUACUUCAUUCUUCCGUUUCUUUUGCUGAGACUGAUUCAAACUAACGUCCGGACAUCCAGCAAACUGCUCACGCUGGAGGUGCUUGGAAACCUGGCGGUAAACGCCCUCACGGUGUAUGUGUUUGUGAAGAAGGAGUUUUACUGGAAGAACUAUCAGGAUGCCCAAAGAAUUAUUUGGUAAGGAGUUAAGGAAUAAAUAACACAAAACGGGA